AUGGGAACAUUAUUCUCUUCCCUGAAAAAACAAAAUGAAGAAAACUAUGUCACUAAAAGAAAGAGCCCUCAUCCUCAUUUGUCAAGUAGUACGAUAUUAGGUAGAAGUGUAAAAGAAAUAGAUCUGUCAGUGGCGCAAAGAAGGAUAUUAGUUUUUCAAAAUGCUGUUCCUGAUUCAACUGCUUACACUAUUACAAUAGCUUUAAUCAAAGAUACAAAUAUAGACCCAGAACCUAUUUUGAAAGAAUUGGUAAGACGUCACCCAAUACUGCUGGCAUCUUAUAACCCUACAAGGAACGUUUUAUCGAUUUCCAAAGAAAAUAUAUCUACUGUUAUAAGUCCACUUGUAACAGUUAACAGAAUAUCCGAAUUGAAAAAGUAUAUAGAUGAAACAAUACCAGCAUUUAAUAUGACAGAUGGAGUGCUGUCACAAAUGAAAGUCAUCGCUUGUGGAAAGACAAAAAUGUUUGUGAUUCACGUGCAUCAUAUAAUUGCUGAUGAAGUUACAGUUCAAAAUAUGAAAACUACUUUGGAACAGUUAAUUCAGAACCCGCCAUCCAAUGUUCAAUUUGAUACAGAAGAUGUGUUUAUAUGUUCCACGGCAACCGAGUCUGAAAAAGAGUAUAUCUUAUCAGAAGAUUUUGCAGCCGACAAAUUGUUCUGGGAAAAGGAAUUUGAGGAUUGCCCAGAUUCGUCGUCUUUAAGUUUCAGACACGUUUCUGAUAUAAGCGACUUCGAAGCUCAUACAGCAAAUACAGUCCUUUCUUUUUUACCUGAUAGCAGUCAACAAAUACGUAACGAAAGGUUCCGUAAAUCACAUGGACUAACAAAGUUUCAGGUCUUCUUGGCAUUGUUUGUCUUAGUUCUUCAACGGUAUCUUGGAAGUCCAGGUGUUUUAGUUGCGAUACCAGUAUCAAUUCGUGAUGCUCAAACUAAGACAAUUGAUGGUCUGAUUGCGAACAUGGUCUUAUUUAAGUAUACAAUUAAUCUGAAUGAUACGUUUAAAGAACAUGUUUUAAAUGUUACCCGAAGAUGGUUGACAGUUUUUAAACAUUCUAGAUACCCACUUGAAAUGGUGAGAGAAAUGAUCUGGUGCAAAUAUGGCAAAAACCUCGAAUGUUUAUGCAGAGUUAUGUUCAAUUAUAAACCUUUUGGUUCUGACAAAGAAGAAAUGAGAAUACACGCGAAACAUGCAAAAAUGGAGUUUGUAAUUGAAAUCUCAGACGAAACAGAAGGUGGCAAAAUACAGUGUGAAUAUGCAGAAAAACUGAUAGACCAAGGAAUAUCAAAACGUCUCGUUCAAACUCUGAGAGAUGUUUGCAAUAACUUCAACACACUUGGUGAGCGGAAGUUAAGAUUCACAGAGUUUUUGACAGACGAAGAGAUGACGAUACUAGAAGACUUUACAGAAACAGAGAAAAUUGACCAUGCUAAAGAAUCAGUGUACGAGAUGUUUUUCAGAAACACAAAAACUGCACCAUCAAAGACAGCCCUUGUACACAGAGGAAGGAAGUUUACUUACAGUGAUAUAUUGAAUCUAUCAGAUGGCAUAGCAUUACAAAUAUUAAACUGCGUUGACUUAAACCGUAUUGAAGCCCAACCCAUACUAUUACUGAUGGAGAAAAACGAGAUUGCAAUAUCGGCUAUAUUUGCAAUUUGGAAACUUGGCGGGUUUUUCAUGCCUAUAUCAGUUCUGCAUAUACCUUCAAUAACAGAAGCAAUAGAAAAGGUCAACCCAUGCCUUAUUCUAUUGAACGACGAUCGAUUUGAGAAAGAAGCCUCGAAUUCAAAAUGUAAUAUAGUAUGCCUGAAAAAUAGUUUGGGUCGUUCAGUGUCAGCGUUUCGCGCUUACAAGCAACCGUUUAAUCGUGAUAUAGGAAAACCCGCAUACUUGAUUCAGACGUCUGGAUCAACUGGAAAACCCAAACAUAUCAAGAUUUCACAAAUGAGUUUAUCUAUCCUUGCUGCAGCUUGGAUAAAACUGUUUGAGCUACAAACGACUGACGUAAAUGUUUUGCAAUGGGCGCCGUUGUCUUUUGAUGUCUUUAUAGGAGAUAUUGUCAGAGGUAUGUGUAGCACAACAGGAAAAGUUUGUAUCUGUCCUGAAGAAAAUCGCCUUGAAAUAGACUACAUAAAGGAUAUUAUAAGAACAGAGCAGAUAACAUUGGCAGAAUUUACGCCUCAAUUUUCAUUGACACUUGUGGAAAAUUCAAAUGCGGAAGAAUUAAAUUCUUUGAAGAUAUUGAUUUUAGGAUCUGAUGUCCUUCAAACGGAGGUUUAUAAAAAAGUAAAAAAUUGUCUACAUAGAAACCAACGCCUCUUAAAUGGUUAUGGAAUGUCAGAAGCUACCAUUGACUCCUCUUAUUUUGAGGGAGAAAAUUUGCCAAUCACAAGAGGAGGGACAGUACCUAUUGGAAAACCGCUGCCUGGAGUCAGAAUGAAAGUUCUUGAGCCUGAAACGCUUCGGCCAUGCCCUGUUGGAACGUUGGGUGAAUUGUUUAUUGGUGGUCGUGUUCUAGGGUCUGGUGACACUGACAUCGUAACGCUUCUUUCAGGUGAAGUGAUGCUUAAAACCAACGAUCGUGCGUGUUGGCUUCCAUCAGGAGAUUUAGAACUUUUUGGACGACUGAAUUCCGUAUGUAAACUAAGAGGCUUCCGCAUUUGUACAACAGAAAUCGAAAAUACCAUUUUGAUGACUUGUAGCUUUGUAAGAGAAGUUACUGUGGCCGUUCUCACGACUGGAAGAAAUGGAAGCGAAAUCCUCUGUGCGUUUGUUGUGUUGGGAAAUCUUCAAGAGCUGACUGAUUCCAGUAAACGGAAGAUAGUUCAGUCCGUAAAAGCCCGGCAUCCAUAUUACAUGGUGCCUGAUUUGAUCACAACUGUUGAUAUGAUACCUUUAACUGCUAACGGAAAAGUAAAUCAUACCGCUUUACCAUCGGUAUUGGAUUUAUUACACAGUCCAAUCACUGAAGAAGAGACUGAACUUUCGGAAACUGUCAUCAUUUUGAGGCAAAUAUUUGCUGACAUACUUAGACUGGAUUCCUCACUGGUAGACACCAGACGUACAUUUUUUAAACAAGGGGGCAAUUCUUUGCUACUUGUGCAGUUUCAUUCACUGAUUAAACGGAAAACAGAUUAUGACAUUUCACUAGCAGAUGUAUUUUCGUAUCCAUCAUUGAAAUGCCUUGCCGAGUCUAUUGAAGACAAAAUGACACAAACGAAGAUUUUAAACAACGACACUUAA